UCCGGGGCAGGGGCCGGUCACAGCUCGGUACCUGGAAUCAGUUCGAGAAGGAAACGCGCUUCAUCGGACCUGGCAUGACUUGAGAAGUUCGGUCGGACUCGGAGCGCAGCCCCGGUUUCUGAGCCACAGGUCCGCGGGCCUGCCGGGGACCAUGGACGACGGCAGCCAGGACUGGAUGUCGGCUUUACCCGAGGAGCUGUGGGACCUUCCGCUGACAGAGCUGGCCAUACCCGGGAGCCACGACACCAUGAGUUACUGCCUGGACAUAAACUCUCCUCUCGUCAGGUCCGAGUCGGACUUCUUCCGACUGCUGGACGGACUUUUCUACUGCAUCACCAGACCGACCAUUUUUAAAUGGGCCACUACACAGGACAAAACUAUUGAGGAGCAGCUCUCCAUGGGGAUUCGCUACUUUGAUCUGCGUAUAGCGCACAAACAGCACGACUCAUCCAGCGACCUCUAUUUCACACACGUCAUCUACACACAUCUCACAGUUUUGGAGACACUUUUCUCUGUUGCCACCUGGUUGAACUCCCACCCCAAGGAGAUUGUCAUCCUCGCCUGCAGCCAUUUCGAAGGGAUGGACGACAGAUGCCACGAGUCGUUUGUUUUCUCCCUGAAGAGGCUGUUUGGCUCCAAACUCUGUCCGCAUCAGGAGUCGGUCCUGACACUGCGGAGCCUGUGGGCAUCCAGGUACCAGGUCAUCCUGUCCUACGAGUCCCCCGUCACAGAGAGACAUCGGGAGCUGUGGCCCGCCAUCCCUUACUGGUGGGCGAACAAGUGCACGGCACAAGGGGUGAUUGAUUACUUGGACUUGAAGAAAGAGCAGGGCCGACCCGAGGGUUUCUUUGUCUCCGGCCUGAAUUUGACAGCUGACAGACAGUACAUCACCAAGAACUGCAAGGAAUCCCUGCGGACACUGACAUACAGCAACUGGGAGUAUUUGAGAAAAUGGGUUCAGCAGCAGGCGCCGGGAUCCAAGGCCGACAGCCUGAACAUCAUCGCUGGAGAUUUUGUGGGUCCGCUGCCUCUCUGCUCCAUGGUGAUUGCGCUGAACCAAAAACUCCUACAGACGCAUUCCAGCCAGAUGAAGAAACACCAGUAAAAUGAACUUUGGGAUCUUGACACAGCUGCUUUAUACCUUUUUUUCCCCUUCUUUUUUUUUCUCUGGAAUCACAUAAGUUAUUAUCUCAUUUAAGGGAAUUUGCAGUGUUGGUAUUUCUUCAAGUGUUUGCUCACCCUGGAAGAGUUUGAGUGUUUAGUUCACCUCUUAAGUGCAAUCAGUAUAUGUUUACAAUAAAAGAGUUCACUCCAUUA